AUGGCGCCUGUAAACAUUAAGUUUAUCGUGUCUUUUUCUUCACAGGAUGAUUGUCACAAAGCAAGCAAUCUUAUUGCCAGCGACGGUUCAAAGGUUUGGCUGUCGAACAGAAAAGACACCAGCGGAAAAUCUGAAGUUAUCCUGCAGUUGGAGAAACCCUGUCAGCUGGCGUAUCUUGAUAUAGGUGCGGUUUGGUGUGCGACUCUGGAAGUACGAGUUGGGCGAUCAGACUGGCCGCAGACACAAGAAUACAAAUUACUUAUACCAACCUACAUGUUAAUGUCCCCAUUAGACUGCAGAUUAAGUCGUGGAUUUAAGAGCACGCAGAUGUUUUCUAAGAGUAAGUCUAUUUUACUCAGGAAACAGCAUGUGGAACUCUGGGAUAGGCUGCACAUAAUAUGCCGACAACCCCAUCGCCGAGAUGUUCAGCUGGGUUUAUCAUUUAUUCACAUCAGAGAUGCCGUUAUGGUGGCGCCACCUGGGAUUUCAUCUCCUUCAGUCAGUGGUGCUAGUCCAUUAAGCAAGUCUGCGAUCAACACUUCAUCCAUCCAGAAACAUUUCUUCGGUGAUAUGAACAAAACACAGCACAGAGUUACAUACACUUCAGCCACCUUUAUUGUCCACUUCUGCAGCCCAACAGACAGGCUCAAGUACAGACUAAUGAAGAUGGCCGGCUCCACAGAGAAUGGAUGUGAGCAAGAACAAGGUCUGUCCAGAACUGCCAAACUGGUGUUGAAGGCGUCGGAGAAUCAGAAGUCGUACAGUCCACAGCGGGUUUCUCCUGUCCCUAGAAAGGGCUUGUUUUCUGAGCAUGUCACGGAGGAAAUGAAAAGUUUUUUGCAGACAUUGAAUGUAACAGCAGCAGACAUAGAUAAGGUGACUAUAGCAGCAACAAAAACAAUCUCUAGCAAACUAUCUAAUGAACCAAUAAAAACAAGUUCAGAUGGAAUGAUACAAAAGACUCCCAUCAGAAAAAGAACUUCACAGGUAAAGAAAACAGAACCUGUCCAUCAAAAAGACAUGACAGCUUUGCCAACAACAGAGUUCACCAUGUUGAAUACAUUUUCUAAUCAAUGUGGCUGGAAAGAAUCAUCAACGGUAGCAGCUUCAAUUGAGGCAAAUGAAUAUAGAAGUAAAAUAUUAACUCCACCACAUUCAUUAUUUGUUGAGGACGGCCAGAUUUUUGCUGGUGAGAAGCACAAAGAAGAUUUACACCAUCUCAAUAUUGCCAAAAAAGAUUUAUCUUCUCCACAACAAAAACUGUCAUUAAAGAUGUCAUUCUCUUCAUCUUGUCAGAAUCUACACACACACAAAGAAAAACAGAUGAGAUCAAAAGGUGAUGCAGUCUCUCAUAGUAGUACAGACAAUGCUGAGAAAGACAAUGAUUCCAUUUCAAGUUUGUCUUAUGAUGGUGAUGCUCAUGAGAUGGACAAAUCAGAAGCUGUAUCUCCAUGUCCUAGCCCUUGCCGUAAAGAUGUUACAACAGAAGGUGUCAAUAAACCUGCAACAGAAGGUGUCAAUAAACCUACAACAGAAGGUGUCAAUAAACCUUAUGAGAACAUAGACUUGGACAAGACUCCUGUUUCUUACAGUUCCAGUAAACCAGCAAAGCUAAAGCGAUUGAGCAAGGCUAGCUUUGAUAUAUUCCAGGAGUUUAGCAUGGAGAUUAUGAAUGAUGAUGGUGAAUCCACCUGUGAUGUUGAUGAUAUAAAAUUUGACUCCUCAGCCAGUAAGAGAGAAUCAUUUCAUAGUGAAUCUGAAAAAGGGGACAUUUCACUAGUGGACAAUUCUUCUUUUAAUGUUGCUAAAAUUGUAAAUAAUAAUUCUGGAAAAAUAACGCCUCCAAAACUAAAAUCACACAUAAAUGAAACUGGAUUGAUGAAGAAAACCCCAAAGUCUGCUAAAGGGAAGAUUUAUCGGAUGCAUACUUCCAGAAAUAAAUUAAAUGUUAGUGAAACAAAACACAGUUCAGACUUACAACAGACUUAUAAACUAUCAGACAGGCUACCCAUCUCACAUGAUGUUGACAGACUGGACACUCGUAUGAAUCAAAAUUGUCUGGAAUAUCUUGGUAGUUGCAACAGUGAUAAGUAUGUGCCUUCCCCAAACAAGAUCAGGAAAAGUCAAACAAUGUCAGUGAGAGCUACAGAAUUAUCUACACCAACUUUUCACAGUACACCAGGCAACAAGUGGAUAAAAACGAAAUCUAAUAAGAAUCCUGGUGUAUCAGUUCCCUCCACUUAUACAAGUGAUAGAUCUAGCCAGAGUCAAUACCCAGCGGAUGUCAUCCCCGCACAUCGAGCUUUCUGUACCCCAGUCAGACUUGGGUCUGCUGCUGCAGUCUGGACAUCACCAGACGAACUCUUGAUAGAUGAAGCUGCCACAUUUGCAGAAUGUCCAAUCUGUUUACAGAGGUUCCCACAAGAUGUCUUGCUGGUGCAUGCCAGUGAAUGUGGUGCCUGA